CUCCAAAGCGAAAUAAAAAAAAAAGGAGAGGGAGAGAAGGAAAUUACGGGAGAGGAGCAGAGCAGAGAGCAGAGAGCAGCGGCCGGACGCCGCAAGCCCGACCCAGACCGCGCAGCCGCCGAUCGCCGUCGCCGCCGCAGAUCGCCCUGCGCCCUCGCCGUGGCUCGCCUGGCGGGCCGGUGGUAGCAGGCGAGCAGCUCCACUCUCUGAAGCCGAGUCCCGCUGCCAUCUCCUCUACGAUCUGAUACUUGCAGCUGCAUUCCACCACUGCUUGAACUUCGUCCAAAACACUACUUGCGGCUGCAUUAAACCUCUGAUUGGCGAAGGGCUAGGAACAGAUAAGCUGACGUAUGGGCAUCAUCAAGAUCAAGCUCGCCGUGGACAGGCCGCGGAACCGUGUGUUGUUCGCUGACGCGGGCUCCGACUUCGUCGAUGUCCUCCUAUCCUUCCUCACUCUGCCGCUCUCUGCACUCCAGUCCUGCGCAACAGGCGCGUCAUCCUUGCGGGGAUGCCUCUCCAACCUCUGCGACAGCGUCGACCACCUCAGAAACAGUAGCCUGCUGAAGGUUGAGGCCUGCCAUGGCAUGCUUCUCACGCCUGCUCACACCAAUGAGUUCCAGCUCUGCAAGUCAACUCACAGUACCAAUGACCUUGAGAUUUCCAGGCUCUGCAAGUGUUCCCUAGUUAUGGCUAGAGUGUUGCAUGUCUACGAGCAAGUAGGCUGCAAAGAGACGUUUGUAGGUGGCAAAGAACGGUAUGUGAUCAGUGAUGACAUGAAAAUCAAGCCAGCAUCCACCAGCACCAUGCUAUUGCUGCUUCAGGCGUUCGAUUCUGAUGGUAUCGGUCAUGGCUUUGAGGAGGUGGAAGUGAGCGUCUCCAGGACACAAGUUUUAUCCAUGUUGAAGGCCUUUCUUUCGUCAGACACCGUACUAACUGAUGCAUUUCUAUCAAAGGGAACUGAUAAUCAUAAGGCCACUCAUGCCAAUAUGACACCGAUCAUCCGUCAGAAUAUUAUUCCAUUGGAUCAAGAUUCUGCAGGUUCAGAAUGGAAGAUAAAGGUCUUUUACCACACCCGUGAAAAGAAGGUCAUGUAUGCCGAAUGCAACCAUGAGUUUGUCGACAUGCUCCUCGGAUUCUUGACUUACCCUAUCAGCUGUGUGAUCAAGAACAUGGGGGCUGGCACUUGCCAUCUUGGCAGGUGCUUCGACAAUCUCUAUAGAAGCGUCACUGAUCUCGACGAUGUUGGGCGCUUAACAGGUGUCCUCUCCAAUAUGAUGUUCAUGGAUCCAGGCGUUAUGCCAUUUGACAUUUUUACCAACAUCAAGUCAUACCGGGCGCUUGCCUGCCGGUGCCCGAAGGAUGAUAACACACAUUAUUGCUGGCAUCCUGAGCUUGUUGAGGGUGGGAACUAUGUCGUCAGCGAUGAUCUACUUGUGCAUCAGGCUUCUGCCAUGUCUAUCAUGAAGCAUUGGUGUGGGAUAGACAAGGCUAACGUACUGCAGAUGGGCAUUGCUGUCGGGAAACGGGAGGCUGUUGCGCUGCUGCGAGCAUUGCUGACUUCAGAGACGGCACUGACUGAUGUGUUCAUCAGCAGGCUGGAGGAGAUGCAGAUAUUUGUCAAGUUCCCUUGGGGUAAGACCAUAACCGUGCAGGUUGUGAGAUCCGAUACGAUUGCCACCAUCAAGAGCAGGAUGAAGGAUAAGGUGUCGAUGCCGACUGGAUGGCGUCAUAAAUUGCUGUAUGCUAGCAGAUAUCUUAGAGACUCGUGCACUGUUGCUGACUAUAACAUCACCAGAGAAUCUACCAUCACCUGUGAAUUUCACAAGCUGAUGCCUACAGCCGGUCAGGAUGAAGCCUGAUCAACUUGAUGGCUACAUCCGGUAGAUCGAGAUGAAGCUCUGGUGGAAGUUUUAUUUGCCUCUGUUUAGUUUGACCAGUGGUGGUGCCAUGUUCUCCUAUUUGGGCUUACGCCUGCCUGAACACUUCCAUUCCAAGCCACAAGGGGCACCAGACAAGUUUACAAGAAGAUUUGUAAGGAGAAAAGGGGAAUUAAAUUACAAAGAAUGCAUUCUCCCAGAGAGGUGAAACAACAUAGAAGCCCAAUCUCGCACAAGGGCUUGUUUCGCAAGGCCCUGACAUUCACGCUCUCCUGUAAAUCUGUGAAUUUGGUUGAUGCUAAAAAUCUGUAUCACAUCACUAUUAGUGCAGCAUUGCCUGUUAUAUGACA